CGAUUAUUCACACGUGCGGUAAACGUUCGGACUUGCUGAAUGCAACAGUUCUGAGCAAGUGUGUAGCAUUACGAACUAUUUACUAACCUUGAAAAAUAUCUACUUUUGUUGUCCCUUCAAACCCAACUGAGAGACCGUAGUCCUCCGUGAAGCAUUUCGCCGAGAGGGACAUAUAUUAGAGAAAAACAAUCUACCAUGUCUGAACCUCAAGUGAACCCAAAGGCCUACCCACUGGCCGACGCCACGCUGACCAAAACCAUCCUGGACCUGGUGCAGCAAGCCUCGAACUACAAACAGUUGAGGAAGGGGGCUAAUGAAGCCACUAAAACCCUGAACAGAGGCAUUGCAGAGUUUAUUGUGAUGGCUGCUGAUGCUGAACCACUGGAGAUCAUCCUCCAUCUGCCAUUGCUUUGUGAAGACAAGAACGUCCCAUAUGUGUUUGUCCGGUCCAAGCAGGCCCUGGGCCGGGCUUGUGGGGUGUCUCGCCCCGUCAUUGCUACCUCGGUCACCAUAAAGGAGGGCUCUCAGCUCAAACCACAGAUUCAGUCUGUUCAGAUGGCCAUUGAAAGACUUCUUGUGUGACUUUUGUUUGUUGCACUGUUGUGAUACUGUCUCCUUGGAAAAAGGGGAAAACAAAUUCCAGAGGAAGUGACCCCAUCUUUCAUUUAAAAAAAGUUGCGCAUGACAAAGAAUGAUAUUGUUUUUUAUGUUGAGUUUUUACCACUAGUGUAUCAGUUUGCAUUUGAAUCAUUUGAUUUGCAAUAAAAGCUUUUU